UUGGUCGGAAGGCACCAGCAUUAAGGGAGAUGGGGAAAGGCGUCUUGCAGGAGCGAGGGCAAGAAAGAAGGUGAUUGGCCCUUCAGACUUCGCCCUGGGCUGUGAGGUUGGGAAGGACUGAGUACUGUCCUAAUGACAGGCAGUCUGAAUGGAAAUAGAAGAUGAGAAAGACAUCAGAGAUAAGAGUGUGUUCUCUCCACACACACACACACACACACACACACACACUAAGGGCAAUGAACACAAUUUGGCAUAAUGUGAAUGGCAGAGCUAUAAAACACCUAGUUUUGACCAGUUUCAGACUAGUCGAUAAGCAUUUAUUAAGCACCUACUAUGUGCUGGGCACUGUACUAAGCACUGGAGAGAAAAAGAAAGACAAUAGACAGUCCGUCAAAGACUUAAGCCUAAUGCUGGAGACAACAAGCAAACAUAUUCAAACAAGUUGUGUACAAGACGAAUGGGAAAUGAUUCAUCACUACAGUUAAGAGGGAUUGAGAAAAACUUCCUGUAGAAGGUGGGUUUUUAGGUGAGACUUGAAAGAAGCCAGGGAAGCCAGGAGGAGGAGAUAAGGAGACAGAGCAUUCCAAACAUGGGAGACAGCCAGUGAAAAUGUCAGGAACCCGAAGAUGGAGUGUCUGGUUCAAGGAACAGCAAGGUUAGAUAAAAGGAGAGACGGUGAGGGUGAAAGUGAAGAAUCCAGAACUACGUAUAUGUUGUGAGCCUGAGGGACAGACCAGCUCCAGUUGCACUGCAGCAAGGAUUGGCAGACUGGGAUCCUGUGGAGUUCAACCAUCUUCUCAAUGGCUGAACCGUGGAAAUACCUCCCUGAAGAAAUACUGUCACUGAUCUUCAGAUACUUACCCCUUCGUGACCGAUAUUCUGUUUCCCAAGUCUGCCAGGCUUGGGCCACUGCUGUCAACUCAAGCUCUGUGUGGUACAUCACAGAUAUCAGCUGCGAACUGGAGGCAGACGAGGCUGCUUUGAAUUGUCUGUCCCCCUGCCUGGGUCAGAUCCGCCACCUGGGACUGGAAUUUGACCCGUCCAAGGAGGGGAGCCGGCGGGCAGCAACGGAGCUCCUAACUGCCUUGGCCAAGCAGGGCCCCGGCCUGCAGGGGCUGCGUAUUGUUUGCAGAGGCGAGAACCCGCUCUUCUAUUCUGGCCAAGACAUCCUGAAUGGAUUGCUCCAGGUGUGCGCAGCAGGGCCACCGGGCCUGUGUGCGCUCCGACAGCUGGAUCUCCGAAGCAUGCCUUUCACCCUGGACGACGGAUUAGUGCUGCAGGUGGCGCAGGCCUGCCCGGAGCUCCGAGGUCUUUUCCUCAACAAUAGGACUCUGGUGUGCAACGUGCGACCAGAGACGGUGCGCACCGUCCUGGCCGCCUGCCCUCACCUGUGCGCGCUCGGUCUCUACUACGCCAGCCUGUCAACCCAGGUGCUGGCCACCCUGGCCGAGUCGGGCCGCCCGCCCUUCCAGCACCUGGCCGUGUUCUGCGCCCGGCUAGACAAGUACGCCGAGGACAUACCCGACGACGCGUGGGCCGCGGCCCGAAGGCGUCACCCGGGGCUCGCGGUAGACCUUGAGCUGGACCAUACGGUGCCCGAUGAGCGGAUCACCCUCGUCCUGCAGCCCACCAUCCCCGUGAGCACACUGAGGCUCAACACGUUCGGCGAGGUAGCUGACGCAGUGCGCCUCGCAGGCCACCACUACGCUGCCACCCUGACAGCCCUGGUAGUGCGCGCCACAGCCUCGGCCGCCCUGAACUCCGCGCUGGAGGAGCUGGCCCGGGGCUGCGGCCACCUGCGGGAGGUGCAUUGCUAUUGUGUGGUGGCGCCCUCUGUAGUGAGCGCCUUCCUCACCCACUGCCCCUGCCUCCGCAGUUACACGCUCAAGGUCACUGGGGAGCCGCACCCUUGGCGGCCCAAGAUUGUCAGGUGACAAGCUUCAACCCCAGGCUGAGAGGAACCGCGGAAUCAGCACCGCGGCUUUCCUAACCCUAGAGCUAAUCUAUACAGCACGUUGUGGUGGAAAGAAGUCAAGUUCAAACCCACCUCUACCUCUUAUUUGCAGUGUAACCUAAGGCAAGUUCUUUCCUUACCCUAGGCCUCAUUUUCCUUCUCUGAAAAGAAGGGGUUUGGAUUAAUUCAUUUCUAAAAUCCCCUCCAGUUUUAAAUCCCAGGAUCUUCGCUGAGGGGGAGGCAGACAUGCUAAUCCAAUUUCGUGGAUUUUAGGACCCUCAGCUGUAAGAACAAGAGGAGGGACAUAUCUGUGUCUAAGUACUUACUAUGAGUACAUAUGGGGUUAGAACCACAAAAAGUCACAUCCUGGGAUGGGGGUGGGGGGAGAUUCAGAAACCACUUAGUCCAGCUCCCCCAUUUUAUAGAUGGGAUCUAGAGAGAAGAUUCAAGUCGCCCACAACCACACGAAUAGGUGCCAGAGAACUGGAGCUGCUGAGGUGGACACCAUCUCAGGCAAUAUGAUUUUCUAAGACCUGGGCCCUAGAAUCUCCCAGUAGCUAGGUUUCUCAACAGAAUAUCCUCUUCCCUAGUUCAGAAGCCCUCCCUUUCUACUGGGUCCUGAGAGGCAGUGAGGUGUAGUGGUAAGAACACUGGAAUGAAUUAUAGCCACACAAUUCCUGUAUUCAAAUCUAUGUGUCCUUCUUCUGUGACCCAGAUGUGGUGUACAUACACAUGCACAAACACACCCACACACAUUCAGACAUACAGACAAGACUACACACCAACAUCCUUAAAGUAAAAGCACUAGCUUAGGAGUCACAAGGACUAGGUCUGUCAUUCACUAGCAACCUUGGACAAGUCACCUUCCUCCCAGGUCUACAGUUUCUUUGUUCAUUAAACAAGGAAGAGAGCGAAUGAUUUUUUCAACUGUUACAUUAAUCAGUGUCUCUGCAUCCUGGGCUCUCCAAGAGUUCGAUUUUCAGAGGGGUAAGAGAACAAAACUGAGACCAGGGGGAGGACAUAUAGGCAGAUACCCGGGGUGCAGGGAAGGAGGAAGGGGGGAUGCCUGUGCAAUGAGUCAGAAAAUUCUACUUUCCAUGGCCCAUAGGUAUUUUAAUGAGAUCAUACAUGAAGGACUCUAACCCUGAUGGGCAGUCUCACACAUGGGAAUUUACAAACUUUCUCUGUAGUCUUUAAUUGACUCUGAUUGAGAGUGAUCCAGAUCAGGGGCUAUGGAAAUAUUGA